GCUAUUUGGUGCUGGGCAUCUUCACCUUCAGAAGGAGACAAUCUGUCUGUCUGUGACACUUUUCAGCUCAGCUAGUGUGAAUGAAGAGUCUUGUGGUGAUGAUCAACUGUUGAGAAGCAGCUGCUGGCAGCUUUACCUUUUCCCUGAUUGCUUUUCUGAAAGAACCAUUCUCUCUAGCUUGUUUAUAGUGUUCUGUUAUUGCUUUUCAUAUCGAUGUCCUGUCAAGCUUAGCGAUGUACAUUGUAGAAAAAAGCUAGUUAGGGCUGAAGCAGUAGAGGUCACUCUUUAGAUGUCCAACAUAACCUGACAGUCAUUUUUUAUUCAUUUCCCUGAGUCAUGUCCUGUGUAUAGAUAUUCAACUUAUAUUUAUUUAGCAAGCUACACUGUAUGGUCAUUAGCCAGUAGGUCAAACUGACUCAUCACUCUGACUUCCUGAAUUUGAGAUUUCUGUAACUGCAGCAUAGGUUUGGAAGUGAAUAUGUUAGGGCUGUAUGUCUUAAAGAACAUACUGAAACAGCAUGUAAUGAGUAUGUUGUCGUGGUCAGAACAAAAACUUGUAUUUUUAAAUAACUGUACUGGAGAAGGAUAAAACAUUCUUAACCUUAACCAAAAAAUUUACAGAUAAUGAUUCUGUUGGUUUGUUUAUUAUGAAAUGCAUAGCACUGCAUGGCACUUUCAAAUAAUGUCAGUAAAAUGUAAGAAAAAAAAUAUCAAAGUGCAUGAACAAGGUUUUGAUCUGACCACAACAGUGUUUUCUUUCACAUGAGAGUAUAUACAGAAGUAGAGUCUUUAAAAUUUUAGUUGAGUAGGUGAGUAGAGUUUAAGUUGUGUCUUUAGACAGAAGUAGAUCAUUUUAAUACUACCUGUUAAGCACAAACCCAGAGUACAUUAAAGGGGAAUUCCAUUGACUUUUCACAGCUAGAUUUAAACUAAGUUAUUCAGUGUGUUGUGUUGUGAAAUAGAUCAUUUCUAGAGAAACUUAUCAAGUUAGAAAUGUUCAUAAUGGUGGUGAUAGGAACCAAAUGUCUGCAGUAUAUAAUGCCUCUAAAAGCUACGUCAUAGAAAGCUAUAACAUAUACGAAUACAACGAAUACCUAGCAUGGUGCCUGAGAUAUUGAUUUACGAUAGUUUUAAGAGGACAUUAUAGCCUAAAAUGGAUUUUUUAAUACAGUAAGGUUGGAGAGGUACAUGAAGGGCAUUAACAGGGUGUUCAGCAGUAUCAGCAUUACAUACACAAACCUAAGUCACCUAUAGGCUCACUGGUGGUUUUGGAUAGUAAAUAAAAAUAUAUAUUUGUUUUGUAUAAAUCAUGACCCCUGUUUCCUAUCACCACCACUGUAAAGAAAUCAGUACGUUUCUCUUCAGUAACCGGUUUCACACCAGUUUACUCUGAAUGACCUUGUUUAUGUGGUUGAAUUAUGCAGCGAUUUUGACAGAUGGGUGGAAUUCCCCUUUAAACAGUACUUGUUUUGUAGCAGUUAAAAGGUCAUGUAUGUCUGUGUAUGUGUGUGAGUCUGUCACAGGGGUGUGUUGUGCCAGCCUGGUGCAGCCCAAGUCUUUAAUGAAGAUAGGGCUGUGUAUGGUGCUGGUGGGCCACGUGAACUUCCUGCUGGGAGCGCUGGUACAUGGCACAGUGUUGAGGCACGUCAGCAUCGGUGCCCAGACGCCGGAGUACGCCAUCUCCAACAUCUUAGCUCUAGCAGCCGGCCUUGCGGGCGUAAUUGUUGGCAUACUGGCUAUAGUCCUUUCUAAAAAUGAGAAAAGUCGGCCACUGACGUGGUGUCUGUGCGUGCUGAGUGCUGUAGGUGUUCUGUUGGCUGCUGCCUCAGCCGUUGGCCUGCUGGUGUCCCUGGUUUGGGCCAUCGUUCACGGCAGUAAGGGUCUCCUUCUCCACUGCAACUUACCUGAUGACAUGAGUUACUUCAGCAUCACCGAUGAGUGUCCCUUUGACCCCACCCGCAUUUAUAGCACCACUCUGAUCUUGUGGGUGCCGUUGAUUCUCAUGAGUGUGGUGGAGGUGCUGUUUUCAGGCCGCUGCCUUGCAGUCUGCAUCAACUUCAUCCGCCGCAAACCUGCACCACAGUAUGAAGGCAGAUCGGUGAAGACCCUCCGGGCAGCUGAGCCCCUAGUCCUCCCUUACUAUAUCCCCCCACCCCGCCGUUACCGAGGCGACGGAGAGGAGAGGUUGCCGGAGCGACCCCCAGAACAGCACGAGCUGCUGCGCGCGUCACAGCGGCUGUACAGCUCCACACGCUCUGCCCAAAAUCGUCCUUCCCCCACCCGCUUCGACAGGGCCCAGCUCAACAGGGCCAGCUUCUGGAUCUAAUUAUGAGCCUCGCCGUUACUCUGGCCAAACCCGGGCUCUGCUGGAAUGAAGAUCAAUUAAAGGAAUUCCACUGAUUUUUCAAAAGUUCUGCAUAACUCUACCAUUAACAUGAGUUAUUUAGAGUGGUUUGACGUAAAAUGGUUCAUAGUAGAUUAACUUAAGAACUUGGAUCCCUUAUAAUAAUUGUGACAGGAACAAGGGGUCACAACAGUUACAGCUUAGUUUUUACAAAAUUCUGCAUUUCAUGUCAAACCACUUGCUUUGAUUACAUCAUAACAAUUUGAUUAUGCAGUUUUUGAAAAAUUAUGAAAAAUCAGUGUAAUUCCCCAGUGCGCCUGUAACUGGUGGGUUCCACUCGUUUACAAACUGACAGAUAAUACGGUUCAUGUUGGCUGGUUUACCUAAAGUAUGCACUUGUAAAAAAGCUUUGCUGCUGUCAUUACAAGACAUUUAGGAUGGUGAAAACUGAACUAUGACAUGCUGCCUAGUGAGUGUGUUACUGCUUGCUGUUCACGAGUGCGUGUGUGAGUGUGUGUGUGUGUGUGUGUGUGUGUGUGUGUGUGUGUGUGAAUGUAUAGCUGAACAUACAGGAGUGGAUUGCGUGAAACCCAAAGGUUAUGUUUGGACUACCUCAGCUCUGAGGCCUGUCCUUUAAUAUUUGCAGCAUCUGUGUGGGCAAAUAUGUCUUUGUAAACAGAACAGCGUAUUUAUUUUACUUUAAGAAAUUCUGACCUUUAACUGAGAUGCUUGAAGUGAUGUUAUUUAGACAAAUUAAUAAAAUGGGGAUUAAUGCA